AUGAAUAGCGUUAAGUGCUAUGGGCGUUUUUUACCUGCGUCAGCAUUAGAGAAUGACCGAGAGGAAGAAAAGAAAUUUUUAAAAAGUGAAUUAAUUCUGACCAAAAUAUAUGGAGAGAGGGUGUCCAAUUUGAAGAUUUAUAAAGAUAUAUUUAAAAGGAGGAUAAAGAAAUUAACAGAUGGGGUGAAUAACUUAUUCAUUGUUUUAAAUAAUGAGAAGAAUGACGGAACAAAGUUAACUGUAGGGGAUGGAAAUACUUCGUAUGGAAUUCUUUUUUACCUCAUGAACGAUUUGGUGCAUAGAAAUAGAUGCAACUGUAAUCUCCUUAUCACAUUUAGCCAUUUCGAAAUUGUCAGAAAUAGGGUGCAUGAUAAAUUGAAAAGGUAUGUCUUUCCUCAGAGGAACGUCAUUGACCUUGGCAGUUGUUUCGGAUUUGAGAAGGAAGACCACGGCUGGGUUAGGAGCAAGGGAAAAGCUCACAGGAAUGCUAGCCUCUCCAGUGGAUACUCCUUAAAAGCUGAAAGGGAUGAAUAUAAAGAAAAAAAAGAACGUCUCCAUGGUGAGGUUUCAGAAAAGAGGGAUACAAGGGAUCCCUGUAGGAUGUACACCGAGUGGGCAAAGAAUCGACUGGUUAACUCGGAUGUCCUCUGUGAUGUUGACAGUUUUCUAAAAGGAAGGAAAAGGGAAAAGUACCGAAGGAAGCACACGAAGGGGAGAAGUACUGGAGAAUGGGACCCCGGUGCUGUGAGAAAGGUGUACCUAAGUGGAGAGAAUAUAAGGGAUAUCUGUAAAAUGCUAUGCAGAAGCGGGAGGGGUAAGUCCGUGGAGGGUUUUCGCGAUGAAGUGACCUACGAGGUUGUUGAGUUUUACGUGGAGAUGGCACAGGGGAGGGGUCUAGACGUGUCUGGUGUAAGAAGCUAUUCUGAGGUAGGUAACAGAUCAUCCAUUUGUAGCAAGUCUCCCGUUUCCACCUGCUCAGUAACCAUCAUCGUUGUUAACAGCUUGAAAGUGGAGGACUCCUCUGAACGAGCUUUCCUCUCCCAAUUCUGUGAGCUCUUCUUAAAAAGGAGAGAAGACGCGAAUUGCCCAAGAUACGCACAUUUAACUUGCGAAAAAAAACACUCACUAAUAAUUAAGUAUUUGUUCAGUUUGUACAAAUUGCAUCCCUUAGGAGGAAGCACCACGGGGGUGAACUCCCUCCCGUUUGAGCUAAACAUUAUAUACAUUUCCAGCAAUUUCAAGAAGUACAGAAAAGCUAGCGAAUUUAUUUAUGCCUACCUGAAAGGCCUGAACAGGUCAGAAUAUUUUGUACAACCAAAUAAAAAAAUGGAGUAUCUAAAAAGUGGAUUUCACAAGGUGGAUGAAAAUAUAUACGUAGUUAAAAGUCUGUUGAAUUAUUACACAAAGUUGGAGAUACAGACGGGAGAAAUUAACAAGAGAGUCUCUAGCUUGAGGAAUUACCUUACCAUAUUAGAAUCGUCUGCAAUUCUUGGAGCGAAAGGUAGACACCAUCAGGCAUGGAUUGAAAACGGAAUCAACAACGUUUUAAACCUUUGCAGGAGUAGCACAUCCGAAUCGGGUGAACCAAUCCAAUUAGAAAAGGAAAAUUUAUUCUUUUUUAACAAGGAAGGGAAGACGAUAAGGCGAAAUUACAAGGAGGCUGCAAGGGGAGAACAACAUGGGGGCAAGUACGCAGAUAGGGGAACAUGCCAAAGAAGUACACAGAUGAAGGACAACACGAAAGGGGAGAUGAACCAUUUAACAAGGAGUGUACAGCGUGUAAAGGAGAUAAGGAGAGGAAUUAAUAAUCCGGAUAAGAUCCACUUUAAAUUAGGUUUGUACAAAAGGGGGGGAACAAAUAUGAUUGGAAGUAGAGAUCACUCUAGCAUAGACAAUGCAUACUCAAGAGGGAAUUCCAAUUUAGAAAAAUUCAACCAACACUGUUAUAAAGACGUGAGGGAGACCAGGAAAAAUGUGCUACACAAUUGUUGUGAGAAAAAGGAAGAGACAUUUGUGGUAGACCCUAAUUCGUGCAGAAAUUGUACCCCGGUGAAAUAUGAAUCUAGCGAAUCGCAUACACACUGCAAAAACGAUAAUUCUUUAAAAUGUAGAGUAAAACUUUUUUUGCCGAGUGAUGAGGAUUUGCGUCAUUUCCCCCAAAUGGAUGGGACUAACCAUGGUCCUUUUGCUAGACGAAGCACCCCUAUGCUCAAUUUUGUGCCUGCCAAUGGAAUGAACCCAAAAAGGAAGCACUCAUCAUGUAUUGAUCCGUUCAGCAAUACCAUGGAGGUGGAGAACCUAUGCGAUAGGGCCAUUGUCAUUGAUAAGGAGAAGGAAAUGAAAUUCUUACCCUGUGAUAUACUUGGCAUGGCUUACUCGAAUGGGUCUGAUAGCUCUUGCGAGGAAAACGACAACCAGCUCGAAUCCGUUCUACACAAUAUCGAACAGAAUAGAGAUUUCCUGAAAAGCAUUUCCAGCUUAAAUUCGGAUAUUAAGAAGGGCAAGAAAAAGAUCGACAGUCGAGCGAAGAGCUUGUUCGAGCAAGUGGACCAGUGCCUCGGGGAAAAGCCGAGCGACGCCGGGGGCAGAGCAGGGUUGGAGAAGCUGGAGAAGCGGCAUGAUCUAAACGCAACCAUCGAGAGGGUGCGAAAAAAUAGAGAACCUCGAACAGAUGGACAAGCUGGGAAGCAGAAAAAAAAGAAGGACUAUACAUGUGUAGAGAUGAAGGUAAAAAGAGCAUCCAGAAAAUUAGCCUUAGAAAAAUGUACCAUGUCGAAUAUAAGAAGUGGGAAGAAUAAUCUCAGUUGCUCUGGAAAAAGGGGCAAGUCUGGAACGUUUCCCGCGCACGGCCUGAGUAGUAAUCAUAUGUUCGAUAGGGCAACUACGGGAACUAAUAAAUUACCUGACAAAGGAAAAGAGGAAGAAGCACGAAAUUGCGUGGAACACCCUGUUCACUUAAAUGGUUGCAAAAUGGAUGAAAAUAGCGUAGAAGGUAUUUGUUCCCCUACCAAAAGAAAGGACUCCAAUUUAGCUUUAUGUGUAAACGAAUUAGACCCUCUCCAUUCAAAUAACCAUUGGUUAGGUCAUAAUGGAGGUAGCAUAGGGAAGGAAAUGAACAUGGAAGAAAAUACGCAGAGAAUGGAGGAAUAUAUGCUUUCCAAAGAGCGCGUUAAUUACAAUGAUAAUCACAAUUUUAUGUGCCUUGAAGAAUCGCAAAAUGGGGACCCAUCCAGCAUAGCUGAAACUGGUGCACUUACGCAUGUUUCGUAUGGCAAGGGUGAUGGUAGGGGAAACAACAAAAUUAAAAAGAUGCAGGAGGAGGAAGAAAGCCAUGUGCGUUCGUCGAACGAAAGCAUAUUCUCAUUUUCAUCAAAGAAUAAAAACGAGACCAGCAAAGACAACCACUACUGCAGUAGUGAAGCUACCGACGAUGAUCUAAUGAGUAGUUGCACAUUAGGCGAAGAAACAAUCAGGGCAGUGUCUCCAAAUGGAAAAAAAAAGUACGGAAUAAAUAACUCCAACGGAAUGGCAAGGAUGCGAAAAAAAAGACAAAACUGUAGUGCGCAUAGUGCAGAUAAUGAAAACGUGACGGCGGCUAGUUCAGGCUCUCAAUCGACAGGAGAAGGGAGCAAUGUCAGCGAUUCCUGCGAAGAAGAACAGGACCAAAGCAUUAAAAACUAUCAUAAUCAUUUUAAAAAGUUGCUAAAAUCGCAUAUGAGUUUGCUACAGAAAAAAUGUGUAGAGGAUAACAACGAUUUGGAUCUUUUACAAAAGAUAAAAUUUGCAAAAGGAGUCCUGCGCGAGUACAACAAUGUUUUGGGCCGCAGUUGGGAUGACAAGAAUGAGCAGAGCGUACUUUUGCGCCAAGUUAUUUCAAACGGAUGGGGAGUGGGAGAUAUAAUGCUUAAGCAACACUGCGGGAGGAGUCGAUGUGAUAGGCACUCAGAAUGUGUAGACAUGUGCAAAAAUGGCAAAGAUGGAUUUUUAACAAAAAAAAAUAGAAAAACUGAUAGUGAAGUGCGAUCCGGAAGUGAUGCGGAGAGUGCGGACGGAGGAAUCUCCCUGACGGGGGCUCAAAUGAGUCUUCCUGACUUUUAUCAAGGUGUGGGUGAGGAAGCGUGUGCGAAUGGGGUGGAACACACCGAAAGGUGUAAUGUCGACAGGAGUACUUUUCCCCAGCGUAAUGGUAAAAGUAGUGACCACGAUAAGAAGCCCUUCGCUAGAGGCACAUCAAAGGAAAGCAAUUAUUACAAUAAUGAUUAUGUUGAUAAUUUUGACGAGGCAGAAAUUGAAAAGGGUUAUACCCCAGAGGGGGAAUAUGUCCAAUGGGAAGAGCCCCAAUUGUGCGUCAGUACAAACAAAGAAAAAAACAUAUCCUGUGAAAAUGAUAAAAAUGUUAAUGCGUCCUCACACUACUAUGAAGAAAAUGUCCUGCCGGAUGAUCCUCCUCACAAAGGAAACAUCAUGACGUGUGACCCAAAUGACAUUUACAAUGAAUAUGAGGAAGAACAAUUUGGGGAGCAAGAAAAGAGCGCCUUACAUGUCGACCAUUUAGACGAAUUACAAAAUGGAAGAAGUGGCGCCUCACAGGGAAAUUACCUCUCAAAAUCUUGUGACUGGGAAAACCCUACUCUCAGGAAUGGGGAUACCGAGGAAGAACGCAAUAUUGGAUGCGGAGCAACGGACACAAUUGGACAUGUGGUGGACGAUGACAUACACAAAAGUGACAUGGUAGGAAACUUACAUACGGGCGAACUGUUUGAGCCGAAAAGUUUCACGUCCAAGUUGGACGAAGUUGAAGAUGUUGUGGUACAAGACUCCUUCACGAAUGUCUCGAAAACUUCGCCUGACUGUACAGGCGAAAAAACAACUCUACAUAGCCACGCAGUCAUCCGCAAAAUAAGGAGAAAAAAAAAAGUGCUGAAAAGGGGAAUACAGGGUGAGACAAACAAAUUAAGCAGAGUUUCCUUAAAAAAGAAGAAAUUAAUGUCCUUCAUUUUGAGGGCCAUAGAAAGAGGCGAAAAGGAUGAAGAACUCAUCGCGAUUGUAAAAAGUGCGAUUUUUAAGAUGGAAUAUUUUGAGCAAAAAAAAAUAAGCAAGCUGAAGAGGAUGGAAAACGAAUUUGAAAAGUUAACUCAUUUAGAGGAAAAAAUUGUUAGUAAUUGUCUGAUGGGGAAAAGUCAAUUUAGCGGGGAAAAAAUUCAAGGGGGGGAACUGCACAACAGAACUGUAAGGCGCAAAAAUGGACACGAGGGGGAAGACGACAACAAGGUUUACCAGAAGUGUGGCAGCCAUUUGGAGGAAAAGAAAAAUAAAGACGCACACAGUGAUGAGGUCAAAGGAAAAGAUAAAAAUGUGGAAACGUAUUUUCAGAAGAAAUCGCAAAAAGAUGAUCAAAUAGGUGGUGUGCAUCCGCUUCGCGGUGGGGAAAAAAAAGAAAAAAAAAAUAAUUGUGCACAUGUGGACGCGUUUCAAAAGGAUCGCGUUUGCAACAAUUUUUUCAAAUUAAAUGGCCAUAAUAGGGAAAGCAAAAAAUCGAUAGCGUUUUCCGACUUGUGCGUAAAUUUGAAAAAUGAAAAGCACAGCGCGUCAACGGUGGACGGAGAACAAGCGAUGCGAGUUGUUCCCUCCCUUAGUGCGGCAAAGUUGAGCGACGAGGCGCUGACUGAAAAAAGCUCAAGUGAGCGCACAGCGACAGGCGGGGACUUGCACCCUAUAGAGGAAAACAACACCCCUAGAGAGCACCACAAACAGGCAGGUAGCGGCACUGGUGGAGAUAAAUGUAGAAUACGCAUCACACCAGCAGAGGAGACGUGCGACGCAUUUUUCCAAAAUUGUGGGGAUACCGCCAACGGUUGGACUAAGCCAAGCGACCAUCGAUUGGACGGGGAUCAACAGCACAUAGGGCAUUCCCCCGCCUCCAAUGAUAACAGCGUUCGGGGGGAAUACCCCCAACAGGACAGGGACUCUUCCAAAGAAACAAAUAAAAAUAAAGACAGAAAUAUAACUGUUAGGUACAGAGAUAGGGGGGAAGUACGGAGAUCCACCCCGCACAGUAGUCAUACGUUUAAGCAAAAGGUAAAGGGGAAAAGAAAGACCAAUUUGGGACUUUCCUAUGACAGAUCGUUGGAGGGGCAAAAUAGAGUCCCCCUAAAAAGGAAUCCCGCGAAGGAAUGCAUAAAUGCAACAGCAGGUCAUGUAACAUUGAAUUCCUCUUUCUUCUCCAACGGGGGUAGCAGCAAGAAGGAGGCAAUAUCGCCAUCCACUGAGAGUGGGGACAAAUCAACACGCCGCGUCAAAGUCGGGGUGAGAAUCCCGGUGACUGGGGAGAGCAUACCAACCCGGGAAAGACACAGAAGAAGGAAGAAAAUAUCUGAUAAGGUGGGGAAAAAAAAAAGUACAAAUAUCCAUACGGAAGAAGGAAAAAAGGAGAAUAAAGGUGGUAAGGAACACUCCGCGUGGGAGGUAAGUCUAGGGCAUGCCAGAAGUGAAGAAAGACAGAAUAGUAACCAGAUUGAUAAACCACCCCUACUAGGAAAUUCAAAGAACUUUCACGUAAGUGUAAGAAUGGAUCCCCCUCCAGGUAACAAUUUGCAGAGAAAAGGUUCAUUUCGUAGGGGAAACGCGAGCAGGGCGGUUUUCCCCUUACAAAAUGCGCCAUCCAAUUACACCCCAUUUGCUUACACACAACGUGAAGAUGGAUACCCAGAAUUGAUUCCCCAAUCGUCUAACCUGCACGGCCAACGUGUAGUUUCACCAAAUUGGGAUGAAACGAAGAGAACUGGUGGGAACCCCAUCCCCAGAUGCCAAGCCAAAGACAAAGCCAAAGGAUGUGAGGAAGGAGAAGAAGAACAGAGCAAAUGGAACAGAGACCAACGCAGCUUCAUAAAUGUGAUGCAUAAGUCGACGCCAGAAAUGAAGGGAGCAAAAAAUAUGGAACAAAUUUCAAUCAAAACGGUUAUUAAUCGCCAGAGAGAAAAAACAAUCCCUUGCAUUAACUACGACACUGAUAGGUAUUGCUUCAAAUUGGGGUGGUGGAAUUGGGGGAAACGGUCCAAGCUACUCGAGAAUAUAGAAAGGUGUAAGGAAAACAUUAAAGAGAAAUAUUAUCAAAAUAGGAGAGAGUGCAAACAUAGGUCAUGUACCAAUUGGAGGAGCAAAUAUUUUACAAAGUUUCAACCAAAUGAAUAUUUAUACAUUCCUGUGACGAACAAGAAUUAUUUUCGGAGCAAGAACUCCCUUAAGAUUAGGAGCAACCCAGUGAGUGAUUUCCACAAACUUAAUUUGAAACCCAUAACUGGGUUUUUGCAAUCGUAUGAAAAGGAAAAGGAACGACAAAGAAAAGUUCCCCGAGGCGUGAUUAGAGUAUCUACCAUUCCAUACGUUGUAGACGAUUAUAAUGUGAAGAGUGGGGUACCAAAAAUUGGGGGAAAAUUUGGGGUCAGCUUGGGAGAAGCAAAAAUUAUCCUUUCGGAGGAUGAGGAAUCCAAUUUGAAUGACACAUCAGGGUUUUUCGCCAAGGUCUCCAAGAAGAGUGCCCCCAGUGGGUACUUUCCCAACGGACGUGGAAGCUACUCCAGUGGUACAAACUCGAAUGAUGAGAAAAGCUCCAAGGGAAUUAUAUUCAAGUGUAGGACGAAACAGGCUCAUAAAACGGACUUCAGAAACAGCAGCAGUGGAACUGCAUAUGGGAAAAGGAAUUAUAAAGCCAGGUCAUACAACAUUGGACAUGACAUAAAUGAGGGAAGGACACACGAUUGUAGGGACGGCAAAGCGCAGAGUGGUCACGAAGGAUCAAAUGAAAAAGAAGGGUUGGGCCAAAGGUGGGACCCUAAGAAAAAGACUACCGUGAAGGUAAGGAGAUAUAGAAUUCGCUCCAUCGAGUCACUUUCUUCUGUGCAUAGUGCCCCAGGGAGAUCCCCCCAGGGGUGUAGCUCCUCUAUGGUGCGGGUAUCCUCUGGUAGGAGCACUGCAAGCAGCAGCGUAGAAAGUAGCGAAGUGGUAGGUACUACUAAUGCAAAAUGCAGGGUCAAUUUAAAAUCUAAGAAAAGGGCAGAUUACCCACAAGGGGGAAAGCCCAGACAUAUCCCCCCAUCCCAAUGUAGCAACAAAUCAGAAGUGCGAAACAGCAGCAGGGGGAGUGGUAGCAGCUGUUAUAGUAUAUCCUCAGUGGGAACUCCAAAUGAGGUAUUUAAAAAGGAUACCCAAAGAGACCCACACUUUUGUGCAGGCCACAGAAAAAAAUUGACACAUGAGGAAAAUGAUAUGGAGAAAAAUUUAGCUAGAAGAAAUUACAAACAAAUGAACAUAAGUAGCAAACGGGAUUAUGCUGGAUACACGACUGACCAUGACACACAUUUAAACAUGUACAGGGAAGAUUACACAAGCAUGGAAAGUGAAUUAGGAAGAAAUCGUCACGGAAUAGAAUGUGAUGGAAGCGGGGAGAGAGAUUCGUCCGCAGGUUCAAUUGAGAAGGAUUUAGGGGAAGGCCCAUGCAGAAGGCAGUACUGUCCAGAUGAGAUAAACCAAGUGAACUGCAUACAGCCUGAUAGCUACAAGAGGGGGAAAAUACAAAACAAAAAAAAACAAAGCUGUAAAACUUCCCAUCACAAUUCUUACGCUCCUACGAAUGAUGGUUACUACCAUGAAGGGCAGCAUAGAGGUAGUGCCAACCCUCAGACACGUGGAAGGAAGGGGCAAGAUGCCGAUUUUUUGGAAAAGCAAUAUGAUGAAUAUUUUUACGAUAAUUAG